GAAAAUCGCAUGACCAACGAACUGUGAAAUGUUAUCUAUGUAAUCAUUACUUUUGCGAGCUAAAACGUUGUGAAAUGUGAAGUAAUUGUCAAUUUUACAAUUAUUCUGCAUUAUUUUCAUCAUUCGAAUAAGUCGAGAAAUGUAACACCAUGAAUCCAAAUCCAGCGAUAUAUCACGAAAAACAGGUAAAAGAACUAUGCGCCUUACACGCAUUAAACAAUCUAUUCCAAAAAGAAGACGCCUUUCUUAAAAGCGAACUAGACGCAGUAUGUUAUUCACUAGCUCCAAAGGUGUGGUUAAAUCCACACAAAUCACCUCUAGGAUUGGGUAAUUACGACGUUAACAUUAUAAUGGCAGCAUUACAAAACAAAGGUUACCAGGCAAUAUGGUUCGAUAAAAGAAAACACCCAAGUUGUCUACGACUCGACAAGAUAUUCGGUUUUAUUGUAAAUAUACCGAACGAAUACCAUUUCGGAUACAUAAAGUUACCACUCCAACGAAGACAUUGGAUAGCGAUACGAAAAAUUGGAGACAAUUUCUAUAAUUUAGAUUCCAAACUAAAAGAACCUCUUUGUAUAGGCCAAGACGAAGACCUGAUAACUUAUUUACACCAGAAACUAAACCACAAAGAUAAUCAACUCUUUGUGGUAGCCACCGCCGACACCGUUGACUGGCAAACCGAUACUACAACCGCUGGCCCAUCUACAGAACAAGAGAAAGGAUAAUGAAUGUUAAACAAUAACCACCGUUUUUCAUUUUUAUUACCCCUUAGCACAAUUUUUACCAACGUUUGAUUCAUUCAAUUACUAAUCGGUUAAGAUCGACUUAUCUACAGAAGAUGUAAGAACUGCAACUCGUCGAUCUUCGUUGAUCUCAAAACAUUUCAUUCAUCAUGUGAUAACUUAUUCCUUGUUCCAUUCACCGAACCAUCUUCAAUGGCGGCGUAAUUAAUUCCAGCUGAAUUUCGGAUCUAAACUAAAGCACAUUCCGCUGAAAUGCAAAAUAAACCAUCAAUGAACUUUUUUUAAAUGUAUUAUCAAUAUCACCGUUUGUACGUUGUAUUUAUACUUUUAUUGAGAAAAUUUUCGAAUUUUUCUAGUACCUGAUACCUACUAUUUAAAUGAUUUUUAUUGUUAGCUGUUUUCGUGGUGGAAAUUUUCAAAUAAAGCUUGUUUUAAUGAUU